CUGCAAAAAAACUGACGCUGAUCAACAAUUUCUUCAUAUUUUUCACAUUUUUUAUACAUUAAAUAAUAAUAAAUAUGGAUGUUCAAAAACAAAGACCACAAAUAGAUAUUUUGGAAGUGUUUAGAGAAGAAAAAUCCCAAAAACAUGGUUUUCUACGAGUAUCAGCUCCCAUGGUGCGCUACAGUAAAUUGGAGUUUCGACGUCUGCUGCGGAAACAUGGUGUGAAGCUAUGUUUCACUCCCAUGAUCAUAGCGGACUCAUUUAAUAACAGUGAAAAAGCCAGACAGAAUGAAUUCACCACAACAUCUGAGGAUAAACCACUGAUAGCACAAUUUGCAGCCAAAGAUGCUAUCGAAUUUUCCAAUUCGUCCCAGCUAAUAUAUCCUUAUGUCGAUGGUAUAGAUCUUAAUUGUGGCUGCCCUCAGUCAUGGGCCAUUGCCAAGGGUUAUGGUUGUGGCUUACUGAAACAACCGGAAUUAGUUAAAGAUAUCAUACAAACAAUUAGAAGACGGGUAAAUGAAAAUUUUAGUGUUUCCCUAAAAAUAAGGUUGCUUAGUCAUGAGUCCAGUAAUUCAACUAUAGAAUUUGCCCGUCAGCUGGAAAUGUGUGGUGCUACUUUUCUCAGCUUACAUGGCAGAACCAUGUGGCAAAAGACAUCGGACCCUUUAAACGUUGCCGCCAUUAGAGAGGUUAAGGAUUCGCUGCGUAUACCUCUUAUAGCCAAUGGCAAUGUAAAAUCUUGGCAAACGGCUUGUGAAUUAUAUGAACAAACCAGAGCGGAUGGUAUUAUGGCCGCUCGUGGUGUUCUUGCGAAUCCAGUAUUAUUUAAUCCAGAAUAUAAAAAUGACAGCACGACAGCUCCCUUAGAUUGCAUACAAGAUUGGUUAAAUAUAGCCGCCGAAGCGGGAGAUAAUUUACAGUUCCUGUGCUUCCAUCAUCACUUGACAUUUAUGUGGGGUUGUAAUUUAAAACGUAAAUUGCGUUUAGAAUUUAAUACCUUCACCAAGAAACAACAAAUAUUGGAUUUCUUCUAUGACAACUAUAAUGUCAAAGCCUCAUCCGAGUUUCUAAGUAAUCCUUUGAACUAUACUAAUUGCAAUUACACGCAUUAUAUGCCAGAAAUAGCAGAACCUAAUUUAGAAGAGGUGGAUGGAACGUGGAAUUCAAAUACAAAUGGUAAAUUCUUCAAUGAAUUUAAGCAGGAAAUGGAUGGAUCAGAUGAUGAUGACUGUGAUUUAGGUAGUAGUUUUUUUGCAGAAAUGUAAAAUAGUUUUGUAAAUGAAAUGAGUUUAUUUUUUAGAAAAAAAAACAAUAAUAAAAUUCUGAUUUGUGGAACAAUUUUAUAAAAUAA